AUGUCAGUCGGCAAACUUCUCGGUGAAGCAUUAGUAAAACUGUCCAGAGCUGGGUUAGAGCCAUGCAAAAUCCAUCUAAUAGGCUUUUCACUUGGUGCACCGUUGAUGGGGUAUGCUGCCAGAGAGGUCCAAAAGACAGGUGAAAGUAUUGCCACAGUUAUAGGCCUGGACCCAGCACGUCCAUUGUUCGACGCGUUCUCUCUCCCUUGCCUGGACGCAGCGAGUGCGUCCUUCGUUGCGAUCAUCCACACAAACCCUGGAGCCUUGGGCACAGUGGAGAGUACAGGGACAGUGGAUAUCUGGUUCAACUGCAAAAGUCCUAUUCAGCCAGGCUGUAUUUCAGAUCAAUGCAGCCAUAGCCGCUCAUGGGAGUACUUUGUUGAAAUGUUAUCAAAGCCCAAUAAUAAUAAAUUCAUAGCCAGAAGAGCAAAAAGCUGUGAGACGUGGAGUGCCAAGGGUGAAACCAUCACAGUAGGAGACAAAAGUCAUUCCAAGUAA